AUGAGGGAGAUCGUGCACCUGCAGGCAGGCCAGUGCGGCAACCAGAUCGGGGCCAAGUUUUGGGAAGUGAUCAGUGAUGAGCAUGGUAUCGACCCACAGGAAAAAAAUACCAUGGGGAUAGUGACUUGAUCCCCCCAGCAGCUGUAAAGAAUUAAUGUCUACUACAAUGAAGCCUCAGGUGGCAAGUAUGUACCCAGAGCUGUCCUUGUGGACUUGGAGCCUGGCACCAUGGACUCCGUCCGUUCCGGACCAUUUGGACAGAUCUUCAGGCCAGACAACUUUGUUUUUGGACAAAGUGGUGCUGGCAAUAACUGGGCCAAAGGACACUACACAGAGGGAGCAGAGUUGGUGGACUCUGUAAUGGACGUAGUGAGGAAGGAAUCUGAAAGCUGUGACUGUCUGCAAGGUUUUCAGCUUACUCAUUCCCUAGGUGGUGGAAACUGGAUCUGGCAUGGGGACCCUCCUUAUCAGCAAGAUCAGAGAAGAAUACCCAGACCGAAUCAUGAACACCUUCAGUGUUGUACCCUCCCCCAAAGUAUCUGACACAGUGGUAGAACCUUACAAUGCCACACUCUCUGUCCACCAACUUGUAGAAAACACAGAUGAGACCUACUGUAUAGACAAUGAAGCUCUGUAUGAUAUCUGCUUCCGUACACUCAAGUUGACCACCCCUACAUAUGGUGAUCUUAAUCACUUGGUCAGUGCUACCAUGAGCGGUGUCACCACCUGUCUGCGCUUCCCAGGCCAGCUCAAUGCUGAUCUCCGAAAAACUAGCUGUCAACAUGGUCCCCUUCCCACGUCUUCACUUCUUCAUGCCAGGAUUUGCUCCUUUAACUAGCCGUGGAAGCCAGCAGUAUCGUUCCCUCACAGUACCAGAGCUCACCCAGCAAAUGUUCGACUCCAAAAACAUGAUGGCCGCCUGCGACCCAAGACACGGACGUUACUUAACGGUGGCAGCUGUCUUCAGAGGACGCAUGUCCAUGAAGGAGGUGGAUGAGCAGAUGCUGAAUGUUCAAAACAAAAACAGCAGCUACUUUGUAGAAUGGAUCCCCAAACAAUGUGAAGACAGCAGUCUGCGACAUCCCACCACGUGGUCUGAAAAUGGCAGCCACCUUCAUUGGCAACAGCACAGCCAUCCAAGAGCUAUUCAAACGCAUCUCUGAGCAGUUCACUGCCAUGUUCCGUCGCAAGGCCUUCUUGCACUGGUACACUGGAGAAGGCAUGGAUGAGAUGGAGUUCACAGAAGCUGAGAGCAACAUGAAUGAUUUGGUCUCAGAAUACCAGCAGUACCAGGAUGCCACAGCAGAAGAGGGAGAGUUUGAAGAGGAGGCUGAGGAAGAAGCUGCAUAG